AUGUCUGGAAAUAAGCAAUGGCCAGAAUUAGUCGGACAAAACUUUGAACAGGCUUCUCAAACAAUAUUAGCAUUUGAUAACAACUUACAUCCUUAUAAUGCAAGACAUGGUAUGGAAAAUAGAAUGUUUGAUCCACGUCGUGUUGUAUGUGUCACCGAUGACAAUGAUAUUGUAACUAGUACACCAACCUAUACUCACCGCAGUUAA